GUUUGCCCAAGCGGUGCAGGAUUUCUUCCGUAGAGCCGGGCGAUGUGAGCUGCGCUUCAAUGGCGCAUCUUGCAGGUGGCUGGUGGCAGAUAGAAGGUCCAGGGAGAGGCUGGAAGAUGUGAUGCGACGUGAUGCUGCACCUUUGAAAUUACAAGAUGUACUGCAGCGGCUGAAGAAUGUCCGUCCAGGCAAGUCCGGCAUUCUGCCGGAGCGAGAGCGGUCGCAGAUCUCAGGGCAGGUGAUUCGCACUCCCAAGGAGCUGGGCAUGGUCAUGGCCGCGCUGGGCAAGAAACGGUUUUGGCAGACAGCACUGGGCCUGCUACAGGCGUUUCCGCUCCAGGUGGACUUGAUCGUGUGCAACGUGGGCAUCUCUGCCUGCGAGGGGUCUUCGGCUUGGCAGCCUGCAGUGCAAAUCUUGCAGGACAUGAGGAUGGCGGCCAUGCAAUGUGAUGAGGUGACUAUGAACACCUUGAUCAGUGCUUGUGGCCGAGCGCAGCGGUGGGACCUUUCACUUCAGAUCUUGAAUGACUCGUGCGACUUGGGCCCGAGCACGUACACUUACAACUCGGCCAUCGGCGCUUGCGAGCGCUCAGGACAGUGGAGGUGGGCAGUGGAACUGCUAAUGCGGGUUGGCCUGCAGGCGGAUGUGAUCACGUACAGCUCCGCGAUCAAUGCCUGCAACGUGGGGAGCCAGUGGCUUGCUUCUGUGCAGCUUUUUCAGCAGAUGUCCUUGGAAGGGGUGGUGCCCAAUGUGGUGAGCCACUCCUCCGCCCUGAACGCGCUCGCGAUUGGCAGCUCCUGGCAGAGCGCUUUGCAUCACCUGCUGGACAUGCGCGCGCCCAACCUGGUCACCUACAACAUCGUCCUGCGGAGCCUGGCGAGCGGCGCGCGCUGGCAGUUAGCGUCGUGGCUCCUGGCGGCUUUGGAGGAAGACGGCUUCAGGCCAAAGGCGGAUACCUACGCCGCCUUUCUGGCAGCUUGCGACGCCGCCGCUGCCUGGGCCGUCGCGCUGUGGUUGCUGUCGACUCUGCCGAGGCAAGUUGCAGCCGACCGCUUCGUGCUGAGCGCAGCUAUUGGCGCCUGUGAGAAGGCGAGGCGGUGGGCGGAGGCAGUGGAGUUGCUGCGCGAGGGGCUGGAACGGAGUGCAGACCUGGAUGAGAUCACGUACACAAAGGUCAUCAGCGCCUGUGAGAAGGGACGGCAGUGGUCCAGCGCCUUGGCGGUCUUCCGGGCGAUGCAAAGCCGAGGACUCAACGCUGACGUAGUGUCAUGUGCCACAAUGCUGACUGCAUGCGAAAAGUGCCUGAAGUGGGAUUGGGCGCUACAUCUGCUGGCGGAGGCACAGGACGCGCAUUUGGGCCUGGACGUGAUGGCUUACACCGCUGCAGCGAGCGCAUGCGCGAUGGCCAGCCAAUGGGAGUGGGCCUUGGUGAUAUUCAGCAGGAUCCGCUCAGGAGCUUUGCAGCCUGACACCUACCUUUUCAAUGCUGCCGCAGCUGCCUGCGAAGUUGCUCGCCAGUGGCCGAAAGCGCUGACCAUCGUGGAUGAGAUGCAAGGGCAGGGCUGCAGGCCAAACUGGGUGACCCUUGGCCUGGCAGUCCGUUCCUGCGCCAGAGGCGCGCUCUGGCAGCUGGCCAUGGCCUACCUGCGGCCAGAGGCCUCCGCGGUGCCAGACGCCUCGGCCUACGCUUCCGGCGUAGAGGCUUGCAGCCUGGAUGGCCACACCUUGGAGGCUGGGCUGCUGAUGGUGGCCCUGGCGCAGAAGGGCGGCGACUCGCUGCGGCUUCUGGCAAGGGCCUCAUGAGAUGCGAGGGAAGCGGAAGUUUCACCGCGCAGCGAAAGCGAAUUCGCGGGCGAAUUGCUGGAGGUGCAA